AUGAUCACGAAAGCGAUAAAAGUUGUCAAUCACGAAAGACACCUCUGUCAUUAAACACAGCUCAUUGAGUAUUACAAUGUACGGAGUAUAUUAUAAAAUUUUAUAUGUGCUUGUAUUGCAUAUUUUUAAAGAUGCAUGCUGCGAAUUAGAGAUUGAAGAAGUAGAUGAUGAUAAAAUUGUUGGAGGAACAAACACAGAUAUAGAGAAACAUCCCUAUCAAGCAUACAUUCUCUUAUCUGUAGGAGAUAUAAACUUACAAUGUGGAGGAUCAAUAAUUAGUGAAGAUCAAAUUUUGACAGCAGGCCAUUGCUUAUACGGAAUAGAAAAAGUAUCUGUACAAACAGGCGUAACGCUAUCCAACGAUCCUGAUGGUAACAAUCCCUUGAUUCCCGCUAAAAGUUUUAUGGCGCACCCCAAAUAUAAUCAAAGUACUGGUAAUUUUGAUAUUGGCGUUAUAAAGUUAAGUAAAAAACUAGAUCUCAGUGGAAAAAAAAGGAAAAGUAUUAAGCUGGUGGAUGCUGGAACUAAACUUCCUGUAGGUGCUAAUUUAAUUGUGACUGGAUGGGGCGUUACGCGUGAAUAUGGAAGUGUUAGUAGACACUUAAAAGAAGUGCAAAUUCAAAUAGUCUCUGACGCUGAUUGUCGAAAAGAGUAUAAAGAAGAGUUUACACAAAAUAUGUUUUGUGCGGGAGUUCCGAAGGGCGGAAAGGAUGCUUGUCAGGGUGACUCUGGAGGUCCUGGUGUAUUAUCAAAUGGAACACAAAUCGGAAUAGUUUCCUUUGGAAACGGAUGCGGUCGUCCUAAUACACCUGGAGUGUUUGCUAGCCUUGUCAGUAAAGAGAUGAGGGAAUGGGUUACAGAAGUAACUGGAGUUUAAAACAAAGUUGAUUUGAAUUUGCUUACUACACCGUAUCAUACCCUGAAGCAGUACAAGAAAUGUAUCAGGCAAAAUAUAAUAUUGAUUAUUAUCA